UCCAGUGUUUUGGAGGAGAUGAGGAAGUAUUGUCAGAGAACCAUGACCGAAUUUCAUUGAUUUACGAUGGCUUCAGUUAGCGAUGGUGAUGAGUCCCCCCGAGAGAAGGUGGGAGGCAGGCCCACAUCCCCCUGUCCCCCUCCCGUUGCAGCCACAGGGCUCGUGCCAGUCAGUGAUCUUAGUCAGGCACUGCUGGAUGUCACCUUUGAGGGAAAUGAAGAAAAGUGCAUUGUUGCUUCCAUUAAGAACAAAAGUGGUGAUAAGAGUAAGCUGAAAAGUCUGCCAGCUGAGAGCAAGGAUAGUACUACAGUUUGUGAAGGAUGCUCACGGCGGCGCAGUGACCCCAGGCUACCCGCUGACAGCCUCCGCUCGUCUGCCAUCAGGAAGGAGCCGCCCUUCCUGGAGUAUUCCCUUGCCAACCUCCACCUCUCCCCGGGAAAAAAGAAACCACUGCUGCGGAAAAGCAAACUGGCUGUUCUUGGUGCUAAGUACUGCCUGGAGGUGCGCAGUGGCUGUGCCUCUGGUGUGAUAUCAGACUCUGUGAGUCCAUCCAAAGAUAUAGCUAAGAAACUCUCAGACAAGAAGGAUACAGUUUUAGGUGUUAGCAGCAAGAUUUCAAAGAUGUCUAGUAAUAUUUAUGUGGUGAACCUAGGGAAAUCCUCCCCAGCAACUUUCCAAGUUCCUAAGUCAGGUGUAUUUGAAUCAUUAAAUAAAAAGACUCCGUCUGAAGAUUUUGCAAGCGUGUCUCAGAGCAACAAGUGCACUGUCACCGACCCUCGGGGGAGUACGCCCAAGAAGCUGGAGUUCUCCCCUCAUGGCUGCAGGCAUCGAGGGCAACCCAAGUCACGACGGGCUCUGUACAAGCGCAGGUGCCGCAGGAGACUGACGGAGGGGGAAUUGCCUGACCUCAAGAGCCUAUCACUGACGGAAGUGUCGGACGCUGGUGCCAUCCGCUCAUGCUCACAGCAGGCACGUAGCCCCGACUAUGAGGAUGUGACCAUGGAUGAGCUGGCAGCCUACCUAGACAACUUCCUUUACCUCCCAAAGAAGAUGUCACACAUGGCAGAAAUGAUGUACACAUGAAACCUGAUGAACGUCUAGGGUCUAAUACAGAGAUUUAGCCACAUUUCACCUCCAUUCUCAUCUGAAGUCAUAUCCAUGUUCUCUCUUCACAUCCAUUUUUUGGGCAAAGAGAUGUUUUUCUACCUUUCUUUUCCUCAUUAUUAUCAUUUUUUUUCUCACCCAGUACUGUUUUUUAUUGGUAAUAUAA